CCCCCCCCCCCCCGCGUUCAGUUGUAGAGCGGUAACCAAAGCUAUAAGAUCUUUGGCGGUAACCGGCUGUUUGAAUGUAGAUUGCUAGCUCAACGAAACCUCCACAGACACAAAGCCGUUGAACAGACUGCCUUAGUCAACAGCGCAAUAGUUUAAAACCCGUUUCCUGGACCUUUGUGGAAAUUCCUAGAGAUGGAAAUGCAACAUUGGGUUCAGCAAUUAUUUCCACCCCGCUUCUGCGCAGAAGAUCUAUUUGUGGGAGACCACUCGCAGGGCUUGCUGCUCUCUGAACGCUUUGCUGCCAGCAGAGCCAAACGAAUUAAACAUAUUUACAAGCAGGAAAUUCAGUAUUUUCAUGAACAAAAGAAAUCAAAACGAAAAAGUCACAUGGCAGGGCUGAUUGUCCAUGAGCUGAAUCCUGCGAAUGAUCAGAUUGGCCAGAAUCGCCUUCAGCUGCACGAAUCAGACAAUUCAUGUCAAACUCCCACUCAUGGAAAGGAAGAGCUGUGUAUUCCAAGUACUGAGAAACAAGCAAUGGGUGCAGACAUGGAGCAAUGCAAGAUGAGAGCACAACUGGCUCUGGCCCAAACACAAAUAGCUGAGCUGAAAGCAAACUGUAAGGAACUAGCAGAGAGUCUGGAAAUGAAAGGUGGUCAGCUGCGCCAAGCCCAACAAGAAUUACAGGGCAGAGCUCUGAAGGACAAUUUCAAUGUCCAAGAAAUUCGUGCAAAAGAAUUUCAAAUUAAACGUCUCAGAGAGGAUCUUCAGAAUGAACUGAUGACUGUAAGCAAGCUGAGAUCAGAAGUGCAUAAGACCAGGCUCAAAUCUCAGGAACUCCAACUAAAUAAGGAGAGGCUCCUCUCAUCCUGGGAGCAGCAGGCAUUGCGACACCAGUUGGAAAAGGCUGUCUUGAUGGAGAAGAUAAAAGAACAAACUGCAAUUGACCCGAAGAAACUGCAAAUGGAGCUGGAUGAGGUGAAAGCUGAACUCAGAGCAGAAAAGUGUCAUUGUGCUCGAAACAAGAAAGAUUUAGAGUUGUUGUGCAAACAUUUUGCCAGCUUACUUUCCUCAAACCCCGUUGAAACUUUUAACACUGAAUUUAUAAGGAAAUGAAAUGACUUUGGCUUGAACUAAACUUAUUUGUUGAGUUCAAUUGAUACAAAUUUUCUGCUUUGCUGUUGGUUGAUCGCAUGCAGAGUUAAAUUGAUUUUAUACAAUUAAGAUUUCUGUUGAUUGAAUACACACCCAAAUCUCUAUUCCUGGAGAGAUUUUCAGGUCAUUUCUGAUAAUUACCUGUGACCAUUAAAUACGACUAAGUGUACUUUGGUCCAUGUGUGUGCCAGGUGCUGUGAUUUCAGUAGCAACCUGCAAUGAAAGUUGCUGAACCAGUUGUGGCUGUAAGAACAGAAUGGACAGAUAGAAUCAUGCUGGAGAAAAUCAUUGGUGUUGCCUUUUGCUUUUUAAUAGCAGAUAUAAUAUAAUCUCAAUUUGAAAACUCUAUUGCUGUUUUCCUUUAAAUAUCUCCUGUUGCUAUUUCUUUUUCUCAUGUUUUCAUUUUCUUUGACAUGCUCCGUGUCUCUGCCCACUGUGCCACUGUCCCGCGACUGUCUUGCUUGCCCUCUCUCCAUAUCUGCAUCAUUCAGUCCACCACUGUCCCUUUUUCUUAAAUGGAUUCAGCAAGAUGCAAAAAUAGGUGAAUAUGGGUAUGAGGAAGAGCAGAUGAGGAAGAGCCUGUCUAUUUCAAAACCAUAUUUCCACCCUCUUCCUGUAUCCUUCAUCAUUUUUGUGUCCAGAAAUAUUUCUGUCUUCUUGAGUCUAUUCUGUGUUUUGUCAUCUGGAGAUUUAGUCAGUCAUACAGCAUGGACAUGGGCCUGUUAUCUCAACUCCUUCAGGCUGACCAAGAUGUCCCAUCUAAGCUAAUCCAAUUUCCCUUUGCUUUAAACCUUCCUAUCCAUGUACCUAUUUUAAAAACGUUGUAAUUGUACCUGUCUCAACCACUGCCUGUGGCAACGCAUCCCAAAAUCUAACACCUUUAUCUGAACUAAUCUGAAUUAAAGCAUUUGUCCAGCUGAUCAAGAUACUGCAGUAAUUCCUGAGAAGUGUCAUCAGUGUGUCAUCUAAGGAGCGAAGGAAUAAGUGACGUUUCGGGUCUAGAGAGAGGCCUCGACCCGAAACGUUACCUAUUCCAUCGCUCCAUAGAUGCUGCCUCACCCACUGAGUUUCUCCAGCAUUUUUGUCUACCUUCGAUUUUUCCCGCAUCUGCAGUUCUUUCUUAAACAUCAUCGUCUUAAGAAGUCUCGACCCGAAAUGUUACCCAAUUCCUUAUCUCCAGAGAUGCCGCCCGUCCCGCUGAGUUACUCCAGAAUUUUGUGUGUCUACUGUCUAUGAUAACACCUGUUGUGGUGUCAUCUAUAAACUUACUAAUCAAGUCUUGUACAAUUGCAUCCAAAUCAGUGAUUAUAAACCACAAAGACCUAGUUGAAGUCCAUAUAGGGUGAUUGCAUGGCUGACGAGGCCACAACACUUGACCCGCAAUGUUGCCACGCAACGCCUUCUGGAGGACAAGCGGUGUACUGGAGGCAAGCACGAGUGUGUUGAUUACUAUGGCUGCCAGUACAGUGGGACCGUCGUCAGUCCCAGCAGCCGUUGAAUUGUCGCAGUAUGCUUCCAAUCUUUCAACUAAUGAGUUUGCACGAUAUGUUCAAAACGUUUCUGUGAUUGGUAUCGACCCUUAUUUAGUGCCUAAUACAGAGAAAUCGCGUGAUCUUUCCCAACUUCCAGAACUCAAUUCCAUGGACAUCACGGCAUACUUGAUAUCAACGGCGAGUCCAUACACGGCAAAUAAUUUCCAGCACACAAUUCAUGGAUGCCUACAAUCAAUUUGCAAAUGGUUGGUUGCAUGACACAAGUGUAUAUAUUCCAAAGAAUCGUCCACAGUUCUGAGCGGUGUGUGGAAAAGUUCUGCACUCGCAAAGCUGUAGGUGUGACUUCUAAGUCAUUGAUGCCGUGGGUUAUUGGGACAAAUGGCCAGAUAUACAGUGCCCACUAUGAUUGCAAGGCAAGGCUCGCCGAAGUUUGUACCCAUGUAGCAACGCUUCUCGUUGGUAUUGACGCUGGAGUAUGGAUUUGUGGAAAACAAGUCACCCAGGUCAAAGCAUGGAUGGAGCCAACGAGAUAGCAGGUUAAAGUUGCGCCUGUCAGCAAAGUUGACCUCUUCAGCAGCAGAGGAAAAGAUGUCUUGAUGCAGCCAUACAUUGGACGGAGCCGAACGAGCAACAAAGCGGAGAUGAAGCUCCAACAGUGGCAUCCACUUCAUGUCCAACACUGGAGUAGCUGCAGGACAAAGCACUGAGUGAACUUUUGUUAGGCCUGUCCAUGACGACAACAAAAUCGGUCAUACUCAGUGUGUUGACCCUUAUGCAAGACUAUUUGUUCCUGCUGAGACUGUUAAAGAAUUUCCACAUAUUCUUACAGACUUAACAGACAAAGAUACAUUCAGCUUAAUAUAUGCCGAUUUUCUAAGGAGGUGCGAAGAUAUUUGAUUGUUUUGUUACAGAGGAGGGGGCAAAGAAUGUGGAGGCACACACUCGUCAGCAAGCCAAACCAACAAUCUGGUUUCGGUCAAAGAUCCUAUAGCAAGAUGGGCUACUCCUGCAAAAUGCAAUGGGCUGACGUGUAGUACGCUACGGAGGGGAUCCUGGGCAUUUUCCCCGCCCAUUUUAGUAACCGGAACCUACCCGACCCGACUCGCAGUGUUAUCCAAAGAUCUUAUAGCAGACUAUAGGAUCUUUGGUGUAAUUCUGUUAGUUCACACUUCUGUUAAUUCUUGUCAAGAAUAAAAUUUGACAGGGUAAUCAACGUUGCGGGGGAACAGCUUUUGUGUGUGAUAUAGGGUUAGAUUCAUAAUUCUGUUAAUUCUUGUUAAAGAAUAAAAUGUUUAUAAAUUUUGCCUGGUAAUUUUCUCUUUUAAUGUUUUUAAAACCAUUUUUUUUAAAUGGCUCAUAUGCUGUGUUUGAGGUGAUUUUGUAUUACACUUGCACUCUGUAAUUCAUUCAUCUAAUCACAUUAAUGUAAUCACACUGUUCACAUCUGCAGUAUUUGGGAAAAUAAUAGCAAUAUGAAGAUUCCAGUUGCUCUAGCCCUGGAAUGUUACUUAAUGUUUUUGUGCUUAUUUUCUAUUUUCUAUGGAGUUGUUUCUCCACAAAUAAAGAGGGGUCCGGUCUUCCCAAUAGCCAGAGAGUGGAAUGAGAUCUGCCUGUGGGGUUAUCUAAUUGAAGAAUUUCACAAAAUUAACUUUGUUUUGAGCAAGAUUUACAAAUGAUGUAUAACUUAAGGAUGGUCUUAUUCCAUGAGCAUACAACUGACUAGAUUGUGCUGGAAAGAACACACAUACAUGAAUGUGAUAUAGAUGUAUAUAAUCAUAUAACACACACAA